AUGUCACGCGGACGAGAUAGUCACGGUGGGAGUGGGGGAGCCGACGGAAGAGCCAGGAGCGACAACGCCCGAGGAAUAGAGGCUUCGAGGCCGGAGUCGGCAGGUCCUGUGAUAGAUCGAAGGAUUGAGAACAGAUGCAUUGUGUUAGAACAGCAGGUGACCAAGAUCACUAGUCAAUUGCAGGGGUUGACCACUGUGAAUGAGCGGAUCGUGAGGGAGAACGCUAGCCUGCUCAGUGAGAUAGAAAGCAUGAAGGGGGAGAACAAAGGAGUGACAGAGUCGGUAGUGCGGAUGAUUCGGGAUAAUAGAGAUGAGGUAUCUAAGAUGAGAGCGGAUCUCGAUCUUCGUAGUAGAGAAAUGCUUGAGCUCAAAGAGAAGAACGAGCAGUUGGAGGCAACGGUACGAGAGUAUGAGCGGAGACUGGAGCAGGUGAAACGAAACGAUAGCAUUAAAGCAGAGCUGGAUAGCAUGUGGAAUAGAAUCGGUGAGAUCGCCAAGCAGAGCUCCGAGUACGCCAUGCCGGCGCCGGCUGCGGGAGGUGCUUCGAACGCUGGCUCCGCAAGACCAAGUGCCGGUGCCACGCCUGCGCCAAGUUCGUUUGGGGAUAGAAGAGAGCAUGGAAGAAAGGAUAGACAAGGAGAUGGAGGUCUGUUGGGGGAAGAGACUAGGAUUAGAAGGUGCCCCGUCUGUGUUAGACAAGCAGAAAUGAUGAUUGCAUGCCAUGGCUGCGGAAGAGAAGUGUGUGGUAAUUGCUAUGAGUACCAUGAUGACUUGUGCAUGCUGUGCUCCACUGAUAGAAGGGGAUGCGAUGCCGGAGGGUAUGCAGGGACAGGACUUCCGAGGCCGCAGAGUGGACGCGAUCAUGAGGGGGACGAUGCCAGAUUCAGGAAUCCGAUAGGAGGAGGAUACAGCAAGUUCAAGGACACCAGAGGGAUGGAGAAAUGCAACGAGAUAUCGAUAGCGAAGGAGCCAUCGUCCGGAGAAGUAGGACUGUGGCUGGGCGAUGUGGCACAUACCGCGAAGGCUGCGUAUCUGUAUGAUGGGGACUAUGCAUACACGCAGGUACUGAAGGUACGCGAAAGGAGCGAAGCGAUGAUAGACAUGGAACUCAAGUACCCUGCGCUAGAGAAUCAGCUGUUUAGCGGAUUGAAGAGAGCAAUAAAGUCAGAGUCAUUGUCAGCGAAGGUGAAGAUGGAGAUGUACAAGACUCAGCAAGUGGGAGAUGGAAAACCGAUGACGGCCAUGAGAUUGCUUACGCUGAUAGUAAAACAUGUUGAGAUCCCGAUAGCUAAAGAGAGUCAGGUGCUGUACGAUGGCCUGAGCAGCACGAAGGUUAUGCAUUUCCCGGGGAAGCCCGAAGAGGAGGCACUGGAGGAGUUCAUGACUAGAUGGGAUCUGGCGCACACGAACCUUGUAGGGCUGAAAGGCAAUACCUGGAGCGAGCAACAGCUGGGAUGGAUGUUGCAUUCGAAGGUGCAGAGAGUUCAGGUGCUGAACCACGAUAUUGAGGCAUGGAGAUUGCUUCCGGACGAGGCCAAGACGCACACCUGGUUGCGAAAGAGAAUCAAGGAUAGACUGGAAAUGUGGAGAGCGGACAAGAACAUAGACGAGGCCUCAAUGCGGGUGAGUCGACAGGCGUUCACGAGUGGGUAUGCCGCGAUGCCGGCUCAGCAGGGAUCAUAUAGAGUAUAUGCGGCCAUGCCUGUGGUACGACAAGGGGAUGAUAGCGCCGAAGGCACGCUUAGGGGAAUACUGGUGACGACGGCAGGCAGGGAGCGGGCGAAGAAGGGUAAUAGACGAGUCAAGGGGUUGGGCUCCGAUGAAACGGGGAUAGCAGGGCUAGAUAUAUGCUACUGGAAGGGACACACGGCCGACAAGAUGGUACGAAAAUGCAAAAACGUACACAAGAAGGGGUAUGAACAUGAUGUGAAACGAUAUCCCGUGAUUGAAGAGGCAAAGGCAAGGCUGCGCGGGAUAUCUCUGGCCGAAGAGGUCGUGCUGGACAUACUAGCCGGGGAGCAAGGCGAGGAAGGUAAGGAUGCAUCAAGAUUGGCUGACAGGAUAGUGGAGGAAUGCAGGAGAAUAGGUAUAGUCGACGAGAGGUUCCGCGUGGAUAGUCGAGAGGAUAGUCAGCCGGCGGCAUCAGCACAGCAUUGCCUGCCACCGGUAAUGAGACGAUGGAUGAUAGACUCGGGAUGCGCUAUGGAUCUCAUAGCAGAAGCAGACCUCACCCAGGACGAAAAAGAUAUGGCCAUUGAGGCGAAGAAAGUGAGGUUCAACACCGCCAACGGCAACACCACAUCAAAGCAAGAGAUCUGCAUGGAUAUACAAGGGAUGCCUGAGACAAUGAGGAUUAGAAUGCUCGAGAGUACUCCCGCUGUUCUGUCGAUGGGGAGGAGAUGUAUGAAAAUGGGAUAUUCAUUUCAUUGGCUGGCGGGUGCUAACCCCGUGUUCGUCAAACCUGACUCGAGCCUGAUAGUGCUAAAAGUCAUCGGGGAUAUUCCCUACAUGGUGGAUAGAACAUCAACGGUCGUUAGCGAGAAUGAGCGAAGUGACUAUCACAUCUAUCCUGCGAUGCCAGCGCCUCUUGCAAUUGAACUACCUGUGCGAGGAAAUUCCAGUCCGAGGAAAAUCGAAGAAAAACAGGAUGAAUGUAGCCCCAAAAGCGUGGACUCGGACACGGAUAGAGACACCGAGGAGGAACCGAUAGGAAAGGUCACAAACGACGAUGGGAGGCUGCUGGACAAGUGGAUGUUAACAGGUGGCAAAACCGUGGCGGAAUGGAUAGACUGGGUGGAUAAGUGCAAUGAGGGAGAGAGUAGAGACGCGGAGAAGGACUUAUGGACAGGCAAGACCAUGUUCAAGAUAGAAGGGCUCACAUUCGAAGGAGCGGAUGCAGGAGAAGCGGUGCAGAGCGAUAGCGCGAAGGUGAGAAAACAUAUCUUGAAUAGAAUGGCUGCGGACGAAAACGCGGGGCUAGAUGACUUGAUGAUGAUGCUGGACAAGAACAUCGGUACCGGUGGCGAGGCAGAGACGCUAGUCGAGAUGGCCAGGUCGAGGAAUGGACCGGAGAGGUGGGGGUACUCAUUUAUCAGUUGGGCACAGAAGCAGGAAUGCCGUGACGACGAUAUCAUCAUACUGCGCGUGUGCAUGCUUGUGGUGAUAGGAAAGGCACGUCACCGACGAUUGAGAGCCCCAACGAUGUGUCUCAUUGAGCAGCCCCAGGACCCCGAGACGUAUUGGGAUGAUACGCCAGAAGGAGGAUACGCAUCAUUGUGGGCGACAGAAGAAUGGGAUAGGACGAGUGCCAUCCUAGGAACGAAGCUGUUCAGUUUUGAUCAGGGACCGAUGGGACACUCUAGGAAAAAGCCGACGACGAUAGCGACUGACGCAGAGUUGAUAGGAUGGGCGGUCAACCUUAGGGGACAGGGGACUGGAGCGACGAAUGAUAGCAGUGAUAGAAGCAAGGGCGAGAUGAGCGAAUCGCAAAACUGGGCGGAGUGGGCACCGGGAUUAGUGCGAGCCGUCAAGGAGACUAUGCGCAAGCACUACCGAGUAUCAUCAGUGACCGGAAGGGAGAUAGACGAGAAGAAUAGGGAGACAACGAUAGAACGAGAUGAUGGUGAUGGACGGCUGAGAACGACGUUCUACUGCGCCGCGUGUAAGGCUGAUUCAUCCGGGGUAUGCGGGUUUUGUGAAAGAAUUUUGAGUCCUGAACAGAUUGAGGCGGGACAAAGCGCACGCAAUAUGACGGAUGUGGAGUUUCAGCUCAUCCGAGGAAUGAAGAAGAAUCCGGAUGACGGCCUACAGAUAGCGGAGCAAGUCGUCGCUGCACCCGGCGAAGAAGAAAGCGCCGAAAACGGAGGCGAAUUGGAUUUUGAUAUAGAUUUGCCCGGGAUAGCCGACGAAGAACAGGCCAGAAAGGGAGUGGAAGAGCAUCAGAAGGAUGAUAGCGCCGGAGACAUGGGAGAAGUGGAACAAGCAGAGGCAGAAGUCGGACCUGCAGAUCAGGUUCGAGUUGCGGAUAGACUUGGCGAAGGGAAAGGGUCGAGCAAAACUGUGAGCAUCAGGAGAGCAAGAUAUUCACCGGAGUAUGCAAAAUCGGCGGAACACUUGCUCACGCAUCUCCCAAAGAACAUGCACUGCGUUGCUUGCCGACAAGGCAAAGCAAUAAACGUACCCUUCAACAGGGGUGAAGGCAUCACCGACAAAGGUGCCGAAAAGUUUGGAGAGAGGGUCACUGCCGACACGAUAGUGCUUCGCAGCAACAAAGACAAAGGAAUUCGCGGAGAGAACAAUGCAAUCGUGAUGUUUGACUUCAAGACACAGUGGAUACACUGCACGCCCGUGAAGUCCAGAGGAACGGAUGAGUUUGUACGAGCUAGCAACGAGUUCCGAGGCCCAGAUACGGUAGUGCAUCUGUAUGCAGACGGAGCUGGGGAAUUCUCAAAAGCCUGCGACAUCAUAGGAACUUGCAGGGCGACCUCUACACCCGGAUUACCCCGAACGAAUAGCAUAGCGGAGCUCAAGGUCAAAGAAGUAAUCUACGGUGGCAGAGUAUUGCUGAGACAAGCAGGACUGGAACCGAAAUGGUGGCCGUACGCUGUACAGACAUUCUGCUUUCAUAGGAACGUACAACAAGUGGACGGGGUAAGCCCGUACGGAAAAAGACAUGGCAAUGAGCAAGACAAAGUGAAAUUAAUUCCUUUCGGGGCACUUGUUAACUACCUCCCCAUCGCCGAAAAGCCUAGAAGAGCUGGCAAAGAGGACACGGCCCUGCCCGAACGGGGGGAUCCUGAAAAUGACGCUCUUGAGAUUCUCGGAGCUGAUGAAGAUGUUUCGAGCAUGGCCUUGCCCUCUGAAACAAAGGAAACUAAAGAACAACGCUCGCAGAGGGAGGAAGAGUUGAGAGAGAUCGAUAGACGUGCGCUCGACAUGGUCAUGACGCAGGACUUUGAUGUGCAGCAUGCAAAGGACGUCAUCCUGAAGUUCACCUCGAUAGAAAGAGGAAUAGCGAAAAAUUCGAGGAGCAUGGCUACCGGUAGAGGAUUCAUAGUCCUGGGACUGUAUGCGUACGGAGGAAAGAUUGGCAUUACGAAUAGUGCCAAAGAGUAUCCGGGGAUAGCGAUGGUAUGCUGCGAGCUGAUAGCGAAAUGCUUCCCAGAAGCUACUUUUACAACGGUGAUUGUGUCUGUUGGAACCAGGAUGGGGCCUCACAAGGACAAGUUCAACGAGAGUCAGACAUACAACUUUGUUGUGCCGAUAAGCGAGAGGGCGGGCGAAGCUAUGAUCUGGACAGAAGAGGAACAGUGUGCGAAUGAGAGUGGCGACGCCGCCGGGAUAGAGAAAGAGGUGCUUCCGGGAAAAUGGAUAUGGGGAAGGACUCGGAAGGUUGAUAGUGGGCUAAAGUUCAAUCCAAGAGUUUGGCAUGCUACCGAAGAUGCCUUGGCGCCGGAGGAUAGAGUGAUAGCGGUAGGGUAUACUCUAGCUGCGGGUAAGAAGGCAUCUAUAGACGACAAAUGGAAAUUGAUGAGGCUGGGCUUCAGGUUGGACGAGCACUUUGCGACAUUAGCGGAUAGCUUAUGCCAGGCCGCGUGUGCAGACGAUGGUGAGGUCGGGGAAGAAUAUAUGGACCACGACGCUGAGGAAGAGCAAGCGUAUGCCAUGGCGUCCAAGGCGAAGUUCGACACUCCGACGUCACCCGGAUUAUUCCUAGGAUACGCGCUCCAACCAGGGGGUGUUCCGAGCGGAGACUAUAUAGUGGUUGAGCUGGCACACCUGUAUCACGGGUGGACGGUACCGUCGAUACACCGUGUGAAGAGGAUAGUACUUGACGAGGAGAUGCCCAACUACUUCCCGAUGCAAGCUGUGGCAGAUAGGAAGUCGAGAAUCAUGACAGCGACUCGAGCUGAUGCCCUGGCUAGAUUGGAACUGGAGAGGGAAGGGCAGCAAGGAGAGGAGACGGAGGAAAUCUUCGCAGAGGAGAGAAGGGUCCGAGCCGAUGUGAUGAGGCAAAUUAAGUGCGAUGAUCAGCAUCUUCAAAACGGGGAUUUCUGGGAACAUGAUGAGAUAGACCAUUCGUGGACGCUUCAUCACAUAUUACCCCGAAAAGAGUUGUGUACCCCAGGAGAGGAGGUCAAAGGAACAGGUGGCCCCGGAGAUAGAGAGUUAGGUCCAAGAAGACGAACGUGGAUAGUAUAUGCCGAUGGUACAUCGGAGGUGCUGGAUGAGGAUAGGAUGAAGGGCAAGAAGAAGAUCACCAAGAAGUGGACGGGAUGCACUACGUUCUGGGAAAAGGGGGAGCCUGAGGGAGAGAUAGAUGCUGAAGCCAAGGAGCGGGCGCGAGGAGAAAAGGCGACGGGUAUACGGGGAGUGGGUCUAGACUACGAGCAGGACAUGCCCAGGAUAGAACGGCCGUACGCGAGAUCUCACAAACCCAACUCCAUUUCGUCGGCAGAGUGGAAUAGGAUGAGCCCGGGACAGCGACUGCGCUAUAUAGAGGGAGACAAAGAGAGGAUCAUCAGAGGGGAGAGGCCUCCUUCUGCCGUUCGAGGGCAAGAGGGAAUAGGACCGCGUCCCGCAGAAAUUGGAGUUCGAGAAUGGAUGGAGAAAAUCACCGACCAUGGCCAGGACUUCUCACCGCAGGAGUACCGAUGGGAUCCUCCAUCGGGGAUGCCUGAGGGUGGCCGAGUGUGGGCAGUAAGAAACAAUCGCGCCACGUCCUACCGAUUCUAUGGCGGAAGGGACAAAAGACGGCUCGAGCUAUGGUGGAGGGUCACUCGGAGCGCCAAUACUGGAGAGGUCUUAGAAUCCAUCGAAUAUGACUCAUGCAUACAGGCGGAGAUGAUGCGCAAUAGAGGGAGAUACCGAUUCGUUGUGCCUAGGGACAUCAUCACGGAGUUCUGGUACAUCCCCGACGGAGGAGAAGACCGACGAAUCAGGGAUAGAGGAGAACCAGCAGAACCUGCCGCACCGGCAUCCAGGAUGGGAGAUACUGAGGAGGUUACGAAAACCAUCAAUCAAUUGUGCAGCACAGCUGGAAUAGCGCGAACGCCGUCCGACAACAUCAUUGGGGAAAUAAUGAGGGAGUUGGGCGAACAGCCUAAAGUGCAGGUCAUGGGGGUCGGAAUAGAAGAUAUCGGGGAUAACGGAGGUGAGAACGUAUCUUGGAUAUCGGGGGAAGGAUGUGUGAUAGGAGAGGGUGUGACGGAUGUGGUUAUCGCUAUCGAUGCGUCUAGCGAAGGCAUGAGAGUGGAAGUUGAUCGAAAGGCAUCCGGUUGGAGACGUGAGGAAGGACUAGAUAGUACGCGAGAGGCUCGAGAAAGAGUGUUUGGUAAUGUAGAAAAGGUUAUCACCGACGCCAACAGCAGAGGAAUAGUGGCUACGACCAUCUGGAUAGGCGGCAAAAGUCGACUGGCUGACGAGACCAUUGUUCGAAUGGCGCUUGCCUGGGACAUGUGGAUAGUACGGAGUGAUGGAUGCAUGCUGGGUAUGAAUGACGGGGUGGACGCGUCGUGUUACAUAGGAAUGGUCACACCAUGUAUGAUGAAUGCGAUCGCGGCGGACAUGUUAGCAUGCGAUCAUAUGCCAAGGGAUCAUGAGUUAAUGUCGCACAUGGUGAGGACAUCGGACACGAAAAUGGACGUACAGCGAGAGCAGGAGCGUAAAGCGAUACGCGAAAUGAUCAAGGUGAUAGAAGACGUGAUAGACAUCUGCGGCGAGGAAGAGGGUGACUCGGUGUCGAUGGCAUGUGAAGAACACGAGGGAGAGUACCUCGGAUAUGGCAGUAGCAUGGUGACGCUUGACGUAGAGAACUAUGCCGCUGCGGCGGCCGAGGAUGGGGCACCGUACAUCAGUCGUGAGGACCUGCGCGUGAUCCUGGUCGACGGCGACGACAUAGGCAAGGUUAUGAUGAUGAAGCCAAACAGUCGCCGCACCAGACAUAGCACCGGAGGGGCCGCAGUAGCUUACCCUGGAGAAGAGCUCGAGGUGGGAGACAUGAACAGCGACGGAUGGGUAGUAGUGCUGACCGGGGAGAGGGAGAACAGCGACACAGAUCGACGCCACGACCAAGAUAGAGAGGAAAGCGCCGGAUUCGACGACCAGAGUGAUGUGUUUGACUCAGAAGGGUGGACGCUGUCGGACUUGGAAGAGGAACGGGAACCGGUGGAUGAGGCAUUCUUCAGGGCCGGGCACGCUGAAACCAUCAACCUCGAGACUAUGGAGAAGGGCGAAUGCAAAAUAGUCAUGUGGGAGGCAGAGAGGAAUGCACUGGUCCUCGAACUAAAGGACGACAUCCAUGUUCCGUUGAUAGGAUACACCUGGGUUCGUACUGGGAUAGCAUAUCCGGAAGAUCCUGGCACAAGUGUGAGAGUGUCUGCGCUUGGACAACUUGUGGCGGAAACUAUGUGCGACGUCAUAGGAUACGAGGUACCAAGUUUGAUCCUCACGUCGAUGACACUUUGCUUCGCAUGCUUCAUGAACAAGCAUACUACGCCCGUCGAUAAUUUGAUCCGGCAGGGUUAUCAGAACGAAGAAGAGGAGUAUGGAGAUGGAAUAGUCGCAGUCCCUGCUAUACAGGUAGAUGCAGAUCAAGAGGAUAGUUGGGAGGAGGUCGCGGAAGAUGGAGAUUGUGAUAGCACCGACGAGACAGCGGGAGAAUGUGAGCCACUGAUGGCCACAAUCAUAGAGGACGAAGAGGAGGACAUCGAGGAAGUGUUCGGACUGGUCGCUAGACCCGUCACGAAGGCUGAGAGGGCUAUCAACUCCAAGGCCCGGGCGGCACUUGAUAAAGAGUGGAAAAAGCUGAUGGAUCAAGUGGUCUGGAUUAUGGAGGAGGUGCGUUCGUGGAAGGACGUUCAACGGGAGGCGAUGGAUAGAGGGGAAAUAGCUCAUGUGGGUCGAUGGGAGAAGCUGGCGAAGAGAAUCAAGCUAGAAGAGCCACGAAGUAUGGGCAGAUACUUGGGAUGCUUGCACACGGCUAGUGCGAUACCUUUUCGGUCGCCGUUUGAGCCGAGACACGAGUGGACAAAGAUAAUCGAGCCCAAGAAGGAACCGCCUAAUUUCGUGGGGAAGGCCGAAGCGAAGGAUGAUAGUCCGGAUGAGAUCAGGAUCCUUCGAUAUGAUGUCACCGACUUCAUGAAGCAGUGUGUGGAUAGAUACCAAGAGUUGUGCUCGACGGCGUAUCCUAAGCCACUGGAUAAGGCUAAGACCCCUUAUCUCGACGAGAGCCGCCCAGAGUUUGACGAGAACCCAGUGGACGACAAGGUGAAUGAGAUUAUGGGGAUAGCCAAGUACGAGCUGCCGGAUGAUGGGCCGGGAGUGUUGAAAGAGCACGCCCCAGCGGUCCUCAUGAAGAUCUUGUAUGGGGCCAGGGUCGGGAGGUAUGAUCUCCUGCGACCAGUACAGGUUCUGGCAUCGAGGCUGACGACCUGGACGCACCUCUGUGACAAGAGGAUGCAUAGACUGAUCUCAUACAUCAACGAGACGACGACAACGAGUCUCUACGGAUGGGUCGGGGAUAGGAUAGGAGACAUCCGUCUCGUGCUAUACUGCGACGCCGAUCUUGCCAGCGACAAGAACGACCAUAGAUCUACAUCAGGGGUGUAUCUUUGUCUUCAAGGAACGGGAGGAGGCUAG